CCGAUCUCGACAUGACGAGGUGCUCGACUCUACAUUCAUCCACUGCUCGAUCUCUGUUUUUUUGUAUAAAAAUUAUUCCUCAGUCUUCCUCUGCGCCGACAUAGAUAUCUUGUUUACGUCUUCAAAGACCAUGAGUGCCAAUGGAUUGCUUCGUAAAGAUCAACUCGAAAGGAGCCUACAUGACGAGAAGAAGUUGAUCGAAGAGGGAAUCUUGAAGGAAGAUAAUCCCCUUGACUUCAGCGAGAACUUUCAGAAACUAUGCAGCGCCUGCAGGAGAGGCGACCUCAAAGUCUGCCAGGAGAUGAUACAAGAGGGUACCAACAUCAACGCCAAAGAUCAUUAUGAUUAUACGCCUCUUAUUUUGGCCAGUUUAUGCGGACACUAUGAAGUUGUACAGUUAUUAUUAGAAUCUGGGGCUCUCUGUGAGCGAGACACAUUUCAAGGAGAGAGAUGUUUAUAUAACGCCCUGAACGACCGAAUACGAAAUCUUCUACUCUCAUACGACUACUCCAAAUCAACCGAUCCCUUACAACCACUAGCGUCACACUUGAUCUCGUUGCUUACCAGAGAACAACCAAAGACCUCCGACAUCUCAGUUGUAACGGCACUCGAAUCCUUUCACCUACAUAAAUUCAUCCUCUCGGCACGAUCCCCUUACUUCAGGAGCAAGCUCUCCGCCGCCCCAGACACGACAUCAUGGAAACUUCCAUCGACCAUCCCCCCUCAAUCCCUCGGCAUCGCCCUCAAACACCUGUACCUGGGUGAAAUGCCCCGAGAACUCGGCGGUGGGCCAGGCACAGGUUUCACCGAUUCCGAAGUCCUCGCCGGAGUCGAUCGGAUCAGCAAACACCUCGAGAUUCAAAACUUAUCACAACUCAUUCUGGACAGUAACGACAGACGACUGGCGCGGCAAAGACGCCAAGACGAAGUCGAAAAGGGCCGUGACCAGCUCGAACAGUGGUUCCGCGAGAACGUUCUCAAGCACGCCAUACGGACCGACACGUCCCGAGCUGACAGCAUCAAAUGGGAUCGCGACAAUGGCAUCUUCGCCGACGUCCUCCUCCGUGCGGACGAGGACGAACCCCAAAAUGACGAUGACCUUUUUAGUGUUGUUGACAACUCAAACCGACCACGCACCACCACGUCCACCAACGCGCUGGGCAUCCCCUUGGACGAACCGGCCUCCCGAAACUCCCGCGCUCCUUCGCCCUCUCGGCGACCCCGCCGUUGCAGGAUCUACCCUUGCCACAAGGCCAUGCUCAUUCGGUCCGAGUUCUUCAUGACCAUGUUCGAGUCGCCGUUCCGCGAGGCCCAACACACGCCGCACCUCCAGGUCGUGCCGAUAGACUGCUCGCCUCAGGUGCUCGAGGUCAUCCUGACCUUCUUGUACACGGAGCAGACGAAUUUCGGCCUCGACGUCGCGGUCGACGUCCUCUUCGCCGCGGACAUGCUGUUUCUGGAAAAGGUCAAGGCCAAGGCCGCCCUCGUCGUCUCGACCCUGGGCAACGGCACGGCCACGGCCAUGGCCCCCGAGGACGGGCCGACGCGCGAGGACGAGGACAUCGACGUCUACGAGAUCCUCCGCGCCGCCUGGCUGACGCGCGUCCAGCGACUCGAGGAGUUCGCCGCCCGGUACAUGGCGUACCGGCUGGAGGCGUUCAUCGACGACCCGGAGUUCGCGGAGCUGGUCAAGGAGUCGGCCGGCCGCAUCAGCGCCCGGCAGGAGACGGACUCGAUCGAGCUGCUCGACGACAUACGGUACUACCUGUCCGAGAGGUUCAGGUUGCGGUUCGAAGACUCGGGCCUGGAGGACGUCAUGGACGAAGAGGCCGCCGUGGCCAAUGCCCUCGCCGACGCCGGCGCCGGUGCAUCUUUUGCACAAGUGGAUGGAAGCCUCGUCCCCGCGACCGGCACGGCUGCCGCCGCAGGGCUUCCCAAGGAGCACGUCGACGACGAGGGUGUGGACAUGAGCGGCAGCGGCCCGCCCGAGAACGUCCUGGGUGCAGAAGCCACGGCAGAGUCACUCCUACAGUCAGGCGCCGUCAGGACCUUGGACGGGGAACUGGCGGGGGACGAGUUCGCCGCCGACGCUGUCAACUACCAGAUCCUGCUGGGCAAGAUCGACUCGCUGCUGGAACGGUUGAAGUUGGAUGCCUAAAAAAUCCCGACCCGGUUUUCGUCGGCGACAGGCAGAUCCUGAUUCGCAUACCUUUUGGUAUAAUCCAGUGCAGAAGGAUUGCUCACUCAAUCCCAGGCAAGCAGGCCCAAAGGAUGUAGGUGUAUAUAUCUAUGCAUAGCCAUAUAUAGAUAGCUUCAUGAGUACGG